CCGAGUGCCGCUGUCAUUGGUGAUACAACGUGUGGACUAGUACUCAUAACAUCGAGAAUCUUCAGAAGGAAAGCCGGCCUAACUUCGCUUAAUGUUGUACUUCAGUUGACUUAACUAGAGACGGUGGGUGCAGUUUUUCUUAAGAAGUAGCCAUGGUAUUCCUGACGCUGCCUUGUUGGAUCAGAAGCCGUGGACCCGACAGAUACUGGAAAGUCCAAGAACUUCUCAAGCAUGCAAGGCACUUCAGAGGCAGAAAGAACCGCUGUUACAGUCUGGCUGUCCGGGCUGUCAGAAGAGCAUUUGUAUACGCAACUAAAGCUCGGACACUGAAGAAACGGAACAUGAGAACGCUCUGGAUCACACGCAUUGCAGCAGCAUCAAGAGAGCAUGGCAUGAAGUACCCCGUCCUCAUGCACAACCUCGCUAAGAGCAGUGUUCAGCUCAACCGACGUGUGAUCUCCGACCUAGCCAUCACAGAACCUCGGUCGUUCCUCUCACUUGCAAAGUUGGCGAGGGCUCGGCAGCAGGAAGGCUUCCGCGCAGCGUUGGGUGACGGCAAAGAGCCUCCUGGUGUUUUAUCUCGUGUUGUUUUGCUGCAGUAAAGGGCUUUAUACGGGUCAUGAUUGUUAUGUGGUUUUGGAGCAGUGGUCUUGGUUGUGGAAAUGUUUGCAGUCAAAGAAACUCAUAAACCUUUAGAUUGUUUAUUCCCAUACUGGUUAUCUAAUGAAAACCGGCUUUUCUCUUGUCUGAGAGAUGAGACACCAGUCGUUAGAAGAGAUGUGAUAUCUUAUUCAAGGGCACUCCAGCAGUCCUUGAUCCUGUACAUUUUCUCCAUUCACUAUGACACCUCGCACCCAUACAUUUUUAUGACUUUUUCCUGCUAUUAUGCAAUGUGAAAAGUUCAUAACAAAAUGAUUUCCCAUGUGAAAUCUAUGAUUAGAAAAACUCACAUCUAAUGAGUAGAUUAAAGAGUAUUUUCUUCACUCAUAACAGAAAGACAUAACCAUUAUCCAAGAUGGCUGACUUUUACCACUAUAGCAAUUGUUUUUCCACAAAGACUUACCUGCCACUGUUUCGAUUAUUCCAAUCUGACAUCUCCAUCAUGUGAACCACAGAGGUUUCCAGCUGCUGUUGUACCUAUAAAUACACAUUGGUCCUACAGUUUUGUGAUAAAUGAUGUGAUGUCAACAAUACCCUUCAAUAAUCUCCAUGUGUUUUGUCAGCUUUGUUAGGUUGAAGCUGCUGAUUGUGACUGAGAUUUCUUUUUGAAAGGACUGUAAGAAAAUACACAUCAAGCGUAAUUAUGCAACAACUUUCACUGAGUGUAAAUAUAUAUAAUGUAUCAUUUGUUGUGGUCUUCUAUGAAUGUUUAUUUCAUUAAACAUUUUUGAUAAA